AUGAAGUCCUGGACGGCCACUUCCUGGGGCACCCCGCGCCAGUCCCUUAUCCUCGACUUUUCCGCCCCGAUCCCCUCCCUCCCGUGCAACUCAAAAUCCUUCCUCCUCAAGAUAUCACACGUGUCUCUCAACCCAGCGGAUCUCGUCCUGCUGAAGAGCUUACCGCCCUGGCUCCCCUUUCGGCGCAACCCCGUGCCAGGCAUGGAUUUCGCGGGUGAGAUUGUCGCCGUCGGCGAUGCCGUCCCCGCUGAGAUGGAAUUGAAAGAAGGGGAUAAGGUGUGCGGUGCGCUGGGACUGUGGGAUGUUGCGCGGGGAAAGGGGACGCUGGCUGAGUUUGUUGUCGUCGAGAGUUCGCUGGUCGCCAAGGUGCCUGCCAAAUGGGGUCCCAAGACGGCGGCGGGCCUGAUGGGGAUUUCGGGCCAGACUGCUGCUGUUAUGGCUAGGAGUGUGGCGAGUCCCCGUGGGAGCAGGGGCGGAGGGUGGGUGUUGGUUAAUGGGGCGACUGGGGGGGUUGGGUCGGUGCUGGUGCAGAUUUGUCGGGGCCUUGGCGCGCAGGUGGUGGCGGUUUGCUCGGGGGAGAAUGAAGAGUUGGUGAAGGCGUUGGGGGCGACUGAGGUCAUAGACUACCGGGCUCAUGAGCCGCUGGAGGAGCACCUGGCCGACGUGUUCAGAGGGGGACAGCUUGACGCAAUAUUUGACUGUGUCGGCAGCCAGGCGUUGUACACUAACUCGCCGCGAUACCUCAAAACGCACGGCAAGUUCAUCAACAUUGUGGGCGGCUGGUCACAGGGGGUUAUACCCUUUAUUAGGAACAAACUGCGGCCUCUUUCCCUUGGGGGUACACCUCGAAAUUACGAACUAUUCCUCCUCAGCGCAUCGGGGAAGGCUGCUAGGGAGGUUGCCGCGUGGGUCGAGAAGGGGGUGAUUAAGGGGGCCCUCAUUGACUCGGAGUUCCCCAUGGAACAGGCAAUCGAGGCAUUCGAGAAACUUGCGACCGGCAGGGCAAAGGGGAAGAUUGUUGUUAACGUCGAAAGUAGCUGA